UGUACUGAUGUGAGAGGGAUGCUAGUCGGGGGUUUGGUCAGUAACUAUGUGUCUAAAGAGUAGAGCAGUAAGUAAGUUACUGUUCCCGGAACAGUCAGAAUAUAAACAUGUUUUCAGUAUCGACACCUUCCUAUUUUAACUAAGGAGUUCGGUCCAUGGCGGGUUUACGAGUUAGGGUUACGUUAAAAGCAGUUCAUUUGCCAACCAGCUAGCCAGCUUCACUCACGCGCUAAAUUUGAACUCGCUGCUCGGUGAGGUUCUCUGGGCUCUACAGUAGAGUCCGUUAGCCAGCCGUGUAAAUUUACCUCGAAGUGAAGAGCUGCUUUAGCUGUCAUACUCAGAAUGCUUGUUUUUCCUCAGUGAAUUUUGCUGCACAUUUGGCAAGAGCCGGUGAGCUCUGGUUACAUCACAUUAUUAGUCGUUUCAAGUAGUUUUCGCCAGCUUUGUCAUCGUCUUUGCGAAGAUGCUUCGGAGGACCGUAACGGCUAAAGUGUACAAGGACCCAACAACUACAGACGAUGAUUCAGAUGAGCCGUCAGGCUGUCCAGCAAGUGAGGAGGAACCAGAAGAAUGGCUACCAGAGGUGAAAGAGAAAACCAAAGGAAGGGGUAGGAGGAAGAAAGAUGAAUCGACUGAGAAGAAACCAGCUGCGAAACGAGCAGCCAAACCUAAAGAACCCAAGCCAAAAGCUGUGAGAAAGCCUAGAGCUCCAAGGGCCACUAAAGUAAAGGAAGUUGUUGAUAAAGAGAAAGGAGAAGAGAAAAAUGAAGGCGUCUUCCAGCAGGUUGAAUCACUACAACAAGUGAGGGUAAAGGAGGAGAGGCAGUCCAUUAGCAUGGACGGAGCAUUCAGUAUCGGCACUGCCACCACAGGGGUUUUGCUGGGUGAGGAGCCAUCGUCCAGUAAACCGAUCUCUAUGGUAAAGAAAGAGGAGCCUGAGGAUGACUUCACCUUUGAUGAGCCUGUGCAGAAGAAGCAGAAGACCACAAGCGCACCUCAGGGCAGACCAAUCAAGCUAAAGUCUGGGAAUUCUGUAGGGGAUGAACUGCAGAUGACCUGGGAUCUCAUUAAGGUUUUAGCUGAGAAGACCGGAGUGGAGGAGUGGGUUUGUAGUAACAUCAUUAAUCUGCUGCGGGAUGAGAACACCAUCCCUUUCAUAGUACGCUACAGGAAGGAGCUGAUCAACCACAUGGAUGCGGAUGCUGUAAGGGAUGUGCAGCUUGUUCUGGAGGAGCUCUGCUCAGUGGCAAAGAAGAGUCAGUCCAUCGCCCAAACACUAAAGAAGGAGGGGGUUCUGACCUCUGAGCUGGAGCAAGCUCUGCGGAGCUGCAGGAGUGCUGAUGAACUGGAUCAUGUGUAUGCACCGUAUAAGAAGGGCAGUAAGUUGACGAAGGCGCGGCGAGCAAAGCAGCUGGGUCUGGAAGCAGCUGCUCUAGCUCUGCUGCAUUCGCCCCAGACGCUUGACCUACACUCAUGGAUCAAGCCCAACACUGAAGGGUUGUCCACUCUUGAAGAGGUAUCCACAGGUGUGGAGCAGAUCCUGGCUGAUAUGAUGGCGAAAGAUGGCGAGACACUGACUUACGUCCGAUCACUGUGUGACAGGAGUAAUGUGACAAUCCAGUCAACAGUGUCUAAAACAGCUCUGAAAGAGCAGCAGCAGACAGAUCAGAAGAGCAAGCCCAAAGAUAUCUCUAAGUUCAGCCUGUACUGUGAAUUCAGCUGCAAUGUACAGCGUAUCCAGCACCAUCAGACACUGGCCAUUAACCGAGGGGAAAAUCUGAAGAUCCUGUCAGUGAAAGUUAACAUCCCCGACUGGGUGAAGACUGACUUCUGUAGGUGGUGUGUCAACGUCAGGUGGAGGCCACAGGGGUUUGCACGGCCAGAACUGAUGAAGAUUUUAAAUGCUGCUGUGGAGGAUUCUUACAAGCGGCUCAUAAUGCCCCUGCUCUGCAGAGGAUAUAGGACCAAGCUGACCACCAGUGCAGAGAAGGAGUCUGUCGCUAUGUUUGUGCGUAACCUGCGGCAGCGUUUGCUGAUGUGUCCAGUGCGUGGGCGUGUCAUCAUGGGGGUGGACCCAGGAUACCGCCAUGGCUGCAAACUUGCCAUCCUGUCCCCUACAAGUCAGAUCCUGCACACAGAUGUGGUAUACCUGCACGGCUCAGGCAGGAACAGAGAGGCUGACAAACUGCGCCACCUCUUGCUCAAACACAGCUGCCAGACUGUCGUCAUUGGAAACGGCACCGCAUGCAGGGAAACAGAGGCCUUCUUUGCUGAUCUCAUCAAAAGUGGCUUCUUCAGGCCUUUGGAUGUGUCCUACUGUAUCACCAAUGAAGCAGGAGCAUCCAUCUACAGUGUCAGUCCAGAGGCUGUGAAAGAAAUGCCAGACCUAGACCCAAAUCUGAGAAGUGCAGUUUCGAUUGGAAGACGUGUUCAGGACCCUCUGGCUGAGCUGGUGAAGAUUGACCCUAAACAUAUUGGCAUUGGUACUUACCAGCACGACGUGUCGCAGAGUUUGCUGAAGGCGGCGCUGGACGGCGUGGUGCAGGAGUGUGUGAGCUUCGUGGGAGUGGACAUCAACAUCUGCUCUGAGACGCUGAUGAGACAUGUUGCAGGUCUUAAUGCUGGCCGGGCACGGAGCAUAGUGGAGUGGAGAGAGAAGAACGGGCCCUUUCUGAAUCGAGAGCAGCUGAAGCUGGUGAAAGGCCUCGGCCCAAAGAGCUUCCAGCAGUGUGCCGGAUUUGUUCGCAUCAACCCUGAGUCCAUACGCAGUUAUGGCUCUAGUGGAAGUGCAGACUCUACAGCUGCUGAGAAGCCAACAGCUAAGAAGAGCAAAGCCAAAACCUCCAGCAGCAUCUCUAACCAGCCUAACCCUCUGGACCAAACGUGCAUCCACCCUGAGUCCUACGGCAUCGCCAUGAGGUUCCUGUCUCAGAUUGGUGGUAGUUUGGACCAGCUGGGCGGUACGGAGCUCCGGCAGCAGGUUGAAAGCAGUGUGGGGAGUAAUGGUUUGGAGGCUUUGGCCCAGUCUCUAAACACCAGCCCUGAGACCCUACAGCUUAUUGUGGAUGGCCUCACUCAGCCACCUGGUUUUGACAUCCGUCAGGACUUUGAACAGGCAGACUUUAAGCAAGGGAUCGUGUCCAUGGGUGACCUCCAUGAGGGCAUGGUUCUAACAGGACGUGUGGAGAACACAGCUUUAUUCGGGGCUUUCGUGGACAUCGGAGUGGGCCGAUCAGGCCUCAUCCCAAAGCGGUACAUCACUCUGGAGAAACUGCCUGUUGACAAGAGGCGCAGAAGUCUAGCUCUAGGACCGGGAGAACGUGUUGAAGUCCGAGUUAUGGAUGUGGAUCUUCAGCGGAAUCGAAUCAGCUUGGACCUCAUCAGGGUUCUCAGAUAGGAAUCCUAUAGCGAGCUCGGUGUUGGAGAAGAGCAGAGACAGAAUUGCCAUUCUGUUCACAGUUGUUGUAAAUAAUUGUAGGAGAAACCAGUUAAUGAGGCCCAAAGCACAAGUGCAAAUGUUCCUUUAAGGUGAAUAUGUAUAAGGUUGUUUUGUUUGGUUACUGUUAAGUAAUCGUUCCAUUUACACAAUAUAUUUCUGAUACUGUUUUGCCUGUCCUUUACAUACAGUGGUAAUCUAUAGAUAAUGCUAAUGAAUAAUAAAAAAAAGGGGGAAA